GGUUUAGAAAUUAGAUCAGUCAUGUGAUAAGUCCCAAGGCCAGAUCUCGCCAUUGUUGUCAUCUUCUUCUUCUUCUUUCUCUUCUGGUAACCAUAGCCACAUCCGUACAUUCCCAAUUCUCCAUUCAAUUUUUCUCAGUGACCAAUCCAAAUCUGAAAAUUCAGCUAAGCUACACUCUACUGUACUCCAGAUCUGAAAAUCUGAAGCUUUGAAUUGGAUUUUCAGAUCUCGACUCGAUCUCAGGCGGCGACAAUGGAGAAGUCAUGUACCUUACUGGUUCACUUCGACAAGGGAACUCCAGCUCUGGCCAACGAGAUCAAGGAGGCCUUGGAAGGAAACGAAAUCGAGUACAAGAUCGAUGCCAUGAAGAAAGCUAUUAUGAUCCUUCUCAAUGGCGAGACCAUCCCCCACCUCUUCAUCACCAUUAUCCGAUACGUUCUUCCCUCGGAAGACCACACUGUUCAGAAGCUUCUCCUUCUCUACUUGGAGAUCAUCGACAAGACCGAUUCCAAAGGCAAAGUCCUCCCUGAGAUGAUUCUCAUUUGUCAGAACCUCCGCAACAACCUCCAGCACUCUAAUGAGUACAUCCGCGGUGUUACUCUUCGAUUCCUUUGCCGCCUCAAUGAGCCGGAGAUCGUCGAGCCUCUCAUCCCUUCUAUUCUCCAGAAUUUGGAGCACCGACAUCCCUUUGUUCGCCGUAAUGCGGUUCUCGCCGUUAUGUCUGUCUACCGCCUUCCUGGAGGUGACCAAUUGCUCGUUGACGCGCCGGAGAUCAUCGAGAAGUUCCUCUCCUCCGAGCAGGAUAAUUCGAGUAAGCAUAAUGCCUUUCUUAUGCUCUUUACUUGUGAUCAGGACCGUGCUGUUAGAUAUCUUUUUACUCAUAUUGAUAAGAUUAUCGAUUGGGGUGAGCAGCUUCAGAUGGUUGUUUUAGAAUUGAUUAAGAAAGUUUGUAGAACCAAUAAGGGAGAGAAGGGAAAGUAUAUUAAGAUUAUUAUAUCUCUUUUGAAUGCACCUUCCAGUGCUGUUAUUUAUGAGUGUGCUGGGACACUUGUUUCACUGUCCUCGGCCCCAACUGCUGUUAGGGCCGCAGCUAGUACUUACUGCCAGCUUCUGAUUUCUCAGAGUGAUAACAAUGUCAAGCUUAUUGUGCUUGAUAGGCUUAACGAGCUUAAGGCCUCCCAUAGGGAGAUCAUGGUUGAGUUGGUCAUGGAUGUGCUUAGAGCUCUGUCCAGUCCGAAUGUUGACAUUCAGAAAAAGACCCUUGAUAUUGUGCUCGAUUUGAUCACCCAUAGAAAUGUCGAUGAGGUUGUUCUCAUGUUGAAGAAAGAAGUUGUCAAGACUCAGAGUGGCGAGCAUGAGAAGAAUGGCGAGUAUAGGCAGAUGCUGGUGCAAGCCAUCCACACUUGCGCCAUUAAGUUUCCUGAGGUGGCAAGCACUGUUGUGCAUCUUUUGAUGGACUUCUUGGGUGACAGCAAUGUGGCUUCUGCGAUAGAUGUGGCUGUUUUCGUACGUGAGAUUAUUGAAACCAACCCGAAGUUGCGUGUUUCUAUAAUAAUGAGGCUGCUGGAUACUUUUUACCAGAUUCGUGCCUCCAGGGUGUGUGCCUGUGCACUUUGGAUUAUUGGUGAGUACUGCUUAUCGCUUUCAGAAGUAGAGGGGGGAAUUACAACCAUCAAGCAAUGUCUCGGGGACCUACCGUUCUUCACAGCUUCCGAGGAAGUUGAGGGUCAAGAUACUCAGAAGACCUCCCAGCCUGUAAAUUCCACCACUGUGUCCUCUAGGAGGCCUGUGGUUCUUGCAGAUGGUACCUAUGCCACCCAGAGUGCUGUACUGGAAACAGCCAUGUCUCCACCGACACUUGUUCAUGGCUCGGCUUCUAUUGGAAAUUUGAGAUCUCUUAUUCUGUCGGGUGACUUUUUUCUCGGGGCAGUAGUGGCUUGCACAUUGACAAAGCUUGUCUUGAGAUUAGAAGAGGUCCAGACCUUAAAAACUGAAGUUAACAAAACAACAACACAAGUUUUGUUGAUCUUUGUCUCUAUGCUUCAAUUGGGUCAAUCCUCAGCUCUUCCACAACCAAUGGAUAAUGACUCUCGUGAGAGGAUUGUAUUGUGUAUUAGAUUGUUAUGCAAUACGGGUGAUGAUGUGAGAAAGAUAUGGUUGCAGUCCUGCAGAGAGAGCUUCGUGAAAAUGCUUGCAGAUAAGCAGCGUCGUGAAACAGAGGAAUUAAAAGCUAAGGCCCAUAUAUCUAAUGCACAGCCAGAUGACCUUAUUGAUUUCUACCAUUUGAAGAGUAGGAAGGGUAUGAGCCAGCUUGAGCUGGAGGACGAGGUUCAAGAUGAUCUCAAACGUGCAACCGGAGAGUUCACAAAUGAUGGAGAUGAUGCGAAUAAACUUAAUCGCAUUCUUCAGCUCACAGGAUUCAGCGAUCCUGUUUACGCAGAAGCAUAUGUCACAGUUCACCAUUAUGAUAUUGUACUAGAUGUUACUGUCAUUAAUCGAACAAAGGAGACGCUCCAGAAUUUGUGUUUGGAGUUGGCCACUAUGGGCGAUCUCAAACUUGUAGAGCGUCCUCAGAACUACACUCUUGCACCUGAAUCAAGCAAACAGAUUAAGGCAAAUAUUAAAGUUUCGUCCACUGAAACAGGAGUCAUUUUCGGCAACAUUGUGUAUGAGACUUCUUCAAAUGUGCAUGACAGAAUGGUCAUUGUUCUCAAUGACAUCCAUAUUGAUAUAAUGGACUACAUUUCUCCUGCAUACUGUGCUGAUGUGGCAUUCAGAACAAUGUGGGCUGAAUUUGAGUGGGAGAAUAAGGUUGCUGUUAAUACCGUUAUCCAAAACGAGAAGGAAUUUCUGGACCACAUCAUAAAGUCCACAAACAUGAAGUGUCUGACUCCAAUAUCUGCCCUGGAAGGGGAGUGCGGUUUCCUCGCCUCAAACUUGUACGCGAAGAGCGUCUUCGGGGAGGAUGCUUUGGUGAAUGUAAGUAUCGAGAAACAAACCGACGGUAAGCUAAGCGGGUACAUCAGGAUAAGAAGUAAAACACAAGGUAUUGCUCUGAGUCUCGGGGAUAAGAUCACCUUGAAACAGAAGGGCGCUGCUUGACCCUAAAACCGACCACAUUCGUCGUCGGUUUUUGCUUCUUCUCAUACCUUUUUCAUUUUAAUCUGGCAAAUGAUGUUGUUAUAUUUUUUUUUCAUGGAGAUUAUUCAGUUUUGCUAUGAAUUAUUUUCUCCUGUUGUUACUUUGAGUUGUUUCAAUUUCAGAUAUAGACAAAAUAUUAUUGUUACCCAUCAUCACGACAACCAUUAUGGGUCUUUUGGCUGUUAAAUUUUCACAUCAAAUUUGUAGCAAUACACAUUCUUCCUAUCAAUAUAUUAUUCUUAAGUUGUAAUGUU